ACAGCUGAUAGGGGUGCGAAGGGGUGCGGCCGUGAAGAUGGAUUUGUGAAAUGCUUCCUCGUGACGACGGACGACGACGUGUUUGGUGGUGCUGCGACGACCAGAUGCACCGAGCUGCUUGCAAGAUCAGGUACGCGAUUCGGACUGAUCAAAUUGCAAUUUAAUCAUUCGCAAGUGAACUCCGUGAGUCACGUGAGAUGCGAGCGUGAAUCUUUCUCGAUGUGCAGGAAGAACGGAAAGGGAAGGAUGAAUCGUGAAAAAAGCGGGCAGCACGUGACCGCGUGGUCGAUGUCUCGUGAAUAUUUCGUGGCGAUCGCCGUGCAUAAAUCAUCUUCUUAAAAUUUUGCGCUGCCACGUGAUCGCGUUCGUGUUUCGUUUUGAGUAAAAGAUACUGUUUAAUUCCAACACACAGUUAUUUUGUUGUCAUUGAUGCGUUCGCGGGAAUCGCUGUGACACAAACAGACUUUCCCUUAUUCGAUUUAUGAACGGUAUUGCUGUAUUUGCAAAAUAACAGUCUGUGCGAGACGAUAGCCGAUAACUAACGGAAGUAAUGCGAACAAGUGGCAAGUGUUGAGACUGUCAGUGAACGAAGUGGAUUCCGCUCUUUAUCGUCCCAACGUCGGACUGCAGCGACUCCGAAGAAGCGAUUGACGUGAAAUGUAUCGGAAACGAUGGAGCCUGAGAGCACUGGGAAUGGAUUUACAAUCUAGCGACGAUGGGCCCGGACGAUGGAAACCCAUCAAAAUGAUCUGCGUUUUCCUCCUCUCCGUACUGCUGCAUGGGAGCACUGCGUACGAUUCGUACAACUACAUGGCGGACAACUUCCUUGAACACACGUCGCCUGAAAUCGGACCUUACUUCGACACCAUGGUGUUGUCCAACGUCACCGGUUUGGCCGGAGAAACAGUUCAGUUGGCGUGCAGAGUGAAGAAUCUCGGAAACAGAACGGUCUCGUGGGUGAGGCAUCGUGACAUACAUCUGCUGACGGUCGGUCGUUACACCUACACGAGCGAUCAGCGUUUCGAGGCGAUGCACAAGGUGCACACGGAGGAAUGGAUCCUGAGAAUACGGUACCCGCAGCGGAAGGAUUCCGGUAUCUACGAAUGCCAAAUAUCCACCACACCGCCCAUCGGUCAUCCGGUUCACCUCACUAUAGUCGAGCCCGUGACGGAGAUAGCCGGCGGUCCGGAUCUGUACAUCAACAAGGACAGCACGAUAAACUUAACGUGCUACGUGAGAAACGCUCCCGAGCCGCCGUCGACGAUAAUUUGGAGUCACAAUCACCAGGCGAUUAACUUCGACUCGCCGAGGGGUGGCAUCAGCCUGGUAACGGAAAAGGGACCCGUGACUUCGAGUCGUUUGCUCAUUCAGAAGGCGAUCCAGAGAGACUCCGGCCUUUACACGUGCUCGCCCAAUAAUACUCAUCCCAACAGCGUGCGGGUCCACAUAGUCAACGAAGAACACCCAGCGGCGAUGCAUCACGGCAGCGGCGACGGGAUGGCCGCGACGUCGCUUCCGGUCGUCCUACUUCUUUGGGCGAUAUUCUAGCCGACGUUAUGCGGCACUCCGGGCUGCAACACGCGCUCCUUGGUCGCCCGACCGCUUCUCAUGAAACCAGCCCGGUCGAAGAGACUCCGCGUCGCGCGGUUUUGUCUCCCCGAGGGAUUCAAAGCGCAUUCGACGCGCGUCCGCCUCGCGAGAGGAGUUGAAUCUCUCACCGCGGGGGUCUCUCUGCAUCUCGCUAUUUCUCAGACUCUCAUUCAUCGAAUCUUCCACCGCGAUCGAUAGGAACGGAAGUUCGCCGGCGAAACUUCUCACGACACGAUUAAGUCGAUUCGACUUGCCGAAAUCGGAAUUGCUCGCGGUAGUUUCAAGGUUGUCAUUUUGCAAGAAAGAACAUCGUCUGGAAUCUUGCCCCAGUACGGAAACAAAGUACGAAGUCUUUUUCUGCUGCGGCCAGAGUCGCGAGUCCAUUCCCGCCGUCUGGAAUCUUUCCUCACUUUUCGAAAUAAAAGUCGUCCGCAAAGAAAGAGAGUCUCCCACACAGAAAACAGACAACCGUGCUAAUAUAACGCGCGACUGAAAAGCGAUUCAACAAACAGUAGAACUGUAGAACCGGCUCUUGCGGAUGAGAGAACGACGAUCCAAAGAGUGUAUCGGAAAAUUUUGUUUUAUUACGGCAAUUUCGAGCCAAUUUGAAAAGAAAAUUUCUGCGCGUGGUAUUUGCCGUGAAGUUUGCAAAUUGAAAAAAUAAAAACAAUUCGUAGAAUCCAACAAGUUCAAAAUUGCACACGCGGUAACAUAUUUUUCAAAUAACUCUGAAAUGUCGAGUCGAAACAUACGCGCAGUCGUGCGUAAUUUAUAAUAAUUUGGGUAUAUCUCAUUUAUAAUAGUAUUAGCUAUCACGCCUAUGCCGUUUCCGCUAAAAAGCCGCGAACGCGAAUGGCGCCCGUUAUUGCAGUUAUUACUCAAUUAUUGAAUGCACUCGGUACACCGAGCGCUCCACUCGUUGCGAUUGUCAACAAUGUCUCGGCUGCGCGACUAGUCUCGAGUGCAUGUUCGAACGUAAUCUCGUUAUCGGAUUAUUGAUUGUCACGCGAAGCAUGAGUUGAAAGCUGUCGCUACGAUCGCAAAAUUUUCUCAAUUACGAGCGCGCCGAAAGAAGCCACCACGGGUGUCAGAAUGACGCUUUGGUGACGAAAUUUUAUUCAACGCGACGGAUAAUGAGACGUUUAAACAGAAUUUUCAAUAAGCUCAGAGAAACAUGAACUCAUUCUCGCUCGUGUAAAUACGGGUAAUAUUUAUCGGGAAAAACGCGGAUUAAAUCGUCUCUUUUAUUUGCGCCGAUCUAAUUUGUCGCGUUGCUCGCGAAAUUUUUGCACAAAGAUAAAACUGACGCUAUAUUAAAAAACCGUGAUACUGCGAAAACUGAAAAGAAAAAUGGAUUUCGGAUAAUAUAAUUGGCGCGAGAGAGAGGAAAUGAUUCUGUUUUUUUUCGACAACGCGACAAUAUCGAAUUGUAUGACGUAUGAGUGCAUCCGGCGAGGCAGACGCUGCGCUGCGCGCCUCGCACAUAUCAGAUGAUAAAACUCGCUCAACUUCGGGAGUAAGGAUAGACGCGCUGACGGCCUGUGGAACGUAUAGAAUCUGAAACUUGGAAACUUGCGUGCACGCGCGGAGAAAAAGGAUGGUUUCCAUGCAGGUACGUAAAUAUAACGGGUUUUUCCAAGCUCGCUCGUACCUGCGCGAAGAGGGCAGGUUUAUUCACCAAACUUAUAAUGGCCCUUUCCGACUUCCAGGCGGAUUUUUAUCCUCGUUACGGUAAAAACGUAUUGUUCGAAAGUGCAUUAGCCUCGGUGGAUUCGAACACGCGAGACGAUCUUGAGACUGCUUCGUUUCCCGCCAUUGAAGGGACAUUGUGUCCCCCGUAGCGAACUGCGUUAUCGUGCCGGAAGUGUUCCUCGUUUCUUCGGGAGAACUUUGCUCGCGAGAACAUUGAAACGACUUCGAUAUCCCCCGCUGGCGAUGUUCUUGUCGCUGUUAACGUCCAAGACCGAAUUUUCCUUCUGCCAAUGGGACCAUCUAACCGGAGUGCGCUGGUCCAAUCGCGACGUAACUCGCAUUAAUCCAUUAACGGUUAGUGUCUCGUCCUUGGAUGCGAGUACUUUUAUGAUAAAUGAAAUUAAAUAAACGGUAAUGUUUGUUCGAAAUUUUCACAAUUUUAUUUCGAAAGCGAUUUACAAUGAUAAAACCAAUCUUGUAUUGCUCGUAUAAAGCAACAAACCAAUCGGAUUUUUAUAAUAAUAAGGAACCUUUAUAAUUGUGAAAAUUGUUUAUAAUAUAAGAUCCUGAUGACAUGAUACAGUCUUUAAUGGAUUAAGAAUCGGCACCGAAUAUGCGCCCAAACGGUCCUACACGAUUACUGUACAUACGUUAAUGAAACACCGUAAUCGUAAGAAUAUUUCGGUGUCAGUCUUUCAUCUAGCUCGUAACGAUGCCGAGACUCAUUGUAUUUUCAGGAUCUUUCAAUUAGUACACGACGUUGUAUGUUUUUAUAGAAGAUAGAUGUAUGUGUGCCUCUAAGGCAGACAGCAAGAGGAAAAAUGGAGAAGAAGCUUAGACACUUGAAGUUUCACUUCGUCUCGAAAAAACCUUCUUCACGAGCCUGUGUAUUUUCGCCGAAUUAGCGUCGCGGACUGUGUGUCGAAGUGUUUUAUUUCGCAAUUGUACGCAUUUAAUAAAAGAAUGAGAUAAACUGACUAAAAG